GCAGAGGGUGUGUGUGGUGGGGCGGGAGAAGGUGGCGAAAGGCAGACAACGACCGCAGCGCCUACUAAAUUGGCGGCGGGGGCGGACGGCUUGCUUUGGGACCUGCUUCCAGAAGCGGCAGGGUGGGGGUGGGGGGAAGGGGGAGAAUCGAGAGUUUGUUUACAGACCUGAGCUCCAGGCUAGGGCAGAUAGGGAGGAAGAAAGCCCAGUCCCGGCCCCGAGGCACCUCUGGAACAGCCGCGAACAUCUGGCUGAGCUGGCGCACGGGCCCCACACCUCCCAGGUCCCCGAGCUUAGGUACCUCCAAGACCCUCACGGUCCUUAGGCGCUCGAGGUCUGGCUUAGAGGGGGUAGUGGGAGGAACCCCGAGUUCCCCCACCCCACCCUUCCCAAUUCCAAACUAACCCGUUUCGCGGGUCACCCGGCGCAUCUUCCGCAGCCCAGCAGGCACAUCUAGCAAGACUCGCGGCCAGAGUCAAAGCCGUGUUGAGGGCCUCGCCUUGCUUGGCGUUGCAGGUAACCUUGAAGCAGUCGCUCGGCGUCACCGGCUCUCUGGGUCGGCUCUGUAAGCUGCGCACCCCCUGGCUUCGGGCCGGGCCCGAGGCGACCUUCGCGGCGUGGACACAGCGCUAGCGCCGGGUGCGGGUUCCCGGGCCGGCGCUGGUGUUUGGUGUGCGCCCGUCGACUCUGGCUUAGCGGGGCAGCCUCGCAGGCAGAGGGGUUUCCAGGGCCUUACAGAGCCCAAGCCUUAUAACCCACCUGUUGGAGCGGGCCUGCGGCUACGCUUGCGGUGCCCACGGUGUGCACAGCCAGGGAGGUUUCAGCUCUCGCCCGCUGCAAGCCGGGAAGCUUGAGCCUUCUCCCCAGCGGGAGGAGGACGGGACCGCUUCUCUCUCCAGAGACACUGUGCUUUGAUGCGGGUCCACUACACGCCUGAUCCCAAGGGAGGUUCCGAGCCGGGCCUGAAGCAAGAAGUCGGGCAGUCCGGGGCGGACCGCGGCAAAGUGGAGGGUCUUAUAGAACGACCAGAUCUGAGAGGGCACUUAGUUUCCUCUUCACCCCAUGCCCGGAGUGGGAUACCGGGGCCCAGGAAGAGAAGGGGACUUGCCCAAGGUCCCAGGGCACAGGAGGCUGCUGCCUAGCCCUCCUCGAACCCGGGUUUAGCGCCCCCUGGCGGGCCGAGGGCUCCGGGAGGAGCGUGCUCCCUGACCCUCCAGGCGCAGGCUGAGGGUGACCCAGCGGCCCUCGCGGCUGUCCUAGACUCUCUGACAGUGGACAGGAAUAAUCUGCCAGGACCCAGAGGCCCAGACCGGGAGCCGCCUCCCCCAGCGACGUGCCAGGGCAGCGAAGGGAGAAGCCCAGGACCACCGGGGCCGCUCCGAAACAGCCAGGGAUAGCUUGGAGGCCUGGGUCCCGGUGCGCACCCGCGCGGCCCCGUUCUCUCUCUGCGCGCGUUGGGCUGGACACGGAUCCCCUGCGGCGGCCUGCGCGCAGGACUAGCGACGGCGGCCGGGAGCGCGGCUGGACUUUGGCGCGGCUUCCCCAGGGUGAGACCCCCCUGCGCGCCCGCCGCGCGAGGAUGAGGGCGCGGCCGCAGGUCUGCCAGGCGCUGCUCUUCGCCCUGGCGCUCCAGACCGGCGUGUGCUAUGGCAUCAAGUGGCUGGCCCUGUCCAAGACCCCGGCGGCCCUGGCGCUGAACCAGACGCAGCACUGCAAGCAGCUGGAGGGCCUGGUGUCUGCACAGGUACAGCUGUGCCGUAGCAACCUGGAGCUCAUGCACACCAUCGUGCACGCCGCCCGCGAGGUCAUGAAGGCCUGCCGCCGGGCCUUCGCUGACAUGCGCUGGAACUGCUCCUCCAUCGAGCUCGCCCCCAACUAUCUGCUCGACCUGGAGAGAGGGACCCGGGAGUCAGCCUUCGUGUAUGCGCUGUCGGCGGCCGCCAUCAGCCACGCCAUCGCCCGGGCCUGCACCUCCGGCGACCUGCCCGGCUGCUCCUGCGGCCCCGUCCCAGGUGAGCCACCCGGGCCCGGGAACCGCUGGGGAGGAUGUGCGGACAACCUCAGCUACGGGCUCCUCAUGGGGGCCAAGUUUUCCGAUGCUCCUAUGAAGGUGAAAAAAACAGGAUCCCAAGCCAAUAAACUGAUGCGUCUACACAACAGUGAAGUGGGGAGACAGGCUCUGCGCGCCUCUCUGGAAAUGAAGUGUAAGUGCCAUGGGGUUUCUGGCUCCUGCUCCAUCCGCACCUGCUGGAAGGGGCUGCAGGAGCUUCGGGAUGUGGCCGCCGACCUCAAGACCCGCUACCUGUCGGCCACCAAGGUGGUGCACCGACCCAUGGGUACCCGUAAGCACUUGGUGCCCAAGGACCUGGACAUCCGGCCUGUGAAGGACUCGGAGCUCGUCUAUCUGCAGAGCUCUCCUGACUUCUGCAUGAAGAAUGAGAAGGUGGGCUCGCACGGGACGCAGGACAGGCAGUGCAACAAGACAUCACAUGGCAGCGACAGCUGUGACCUCAUGUGCUGUGGACGCGGCUACAACCCUUACACAGACCGCGUGGUCGAGCGCUGCCACUGCAAGUACCACUGGUGCUGUUACGUCACCUGCCGCAGGUGUGAGCGCACCGUGGAGCGCUACGUCUGCAAGUGAGGCCAUGCGGCUCCUCGGGGACCCUUGGAGCCCAGCCGGGGGGCCGGAGACACCCCAUGGAUUUUGGCUUCUGAAUUCCAGAUGCCGAGCGUGGAAGGAGGCUUGUGCUUUGCCUCCACUUGGAAGCUGCCAGGAACAGAAGGCUGGGCCAUCAGGGAGGGAAAGCCAGGGCAUCAAAGGAGACCGACAAGAUUAAAAAUAACCUGGCAGCCCGAGGCCCCAGAGUGCCCACUUGCUGCCUUCCAGGCGGGUCUGAGGAGCCAGGGGCGUGGAUUUGGCAAGACUGGCAUGGACUCGAUCUUCCGUAGCCAGAGACACCAGCUUCCUGGGAAGUGGGAGGUCAGUCUGUCCUCAACAGAAUGUUCUGUAGGCGUAGCCCUCGAGACCCCCAGCCCACCCCAGGGUCUGAGCCUACUGGGCCCACCACAUGGAACCACUAGCUUGGGUUGUAAAUGUUUUUUUGUUUUGUUGUUCUUCCUCUGGGAUGUGGGAGCUACGGAAAUAUUUAUAAAACAUAGCUUUUUCUUUGGGGUGGCUGGCUUCAAUUCCUCUUUAUAUAUUUUAUAUAUAUAAAUAUAUAUAUAUAUGAUGAUCUAUAUUUUAAACAAGCUCUUUAAACAGCUGUUUGAAAUAAAUGCUGAGAACCCCA